UCCUCGUUGUCGAGGUUCAGGAUUUUUAUUGCUACCACCUGGCCCGUCUCUGCGUUGCGGCCACGAUAUCACCACGCCGUACGCUCCGCGCCCGACGAGCUCCUCCUUUUCAUAGUGCCGUGCUGACAGGGACAGACUCAUAACUUUUGCAUCAGAAUACCGAAAUGUAGGAAGGCAAAGAGGGAAGGCGAGCGUUCUGGCGUGAAUUGACGGGAAUAGAAGGAGGCACUAGAAUACAAGGAAUGUUUACGAAAGGGACAGGGACAGCUCUUGAAAGAAAAACAAAAAAGCGAACAACAGUCGUGCAAAAAAGGGGGAGGAGAGAGCGAAUUCAAAAUAGCCUUUCAGGCCGGCGACCGCAUGCGCGCAUGCUCCUUCUCUCCCCCUCCCUUUGCGUGAUCGAUACGCUUUAUUCUCAGAAUGGACAUUAACGACAUUUUCAAAGAAAAGGUCACCAGCACGUCGAUAAAUUCCGGCAAGCGCCGGCGGCUGGGGCCGCCAAGCGGCCGCGCAUUGACUCCUGACUCUGACAAUUCGGCAGCAGUCAGCGACUCCGAGGGCGGGCGGUUCUUCUCGGACGGGCUCACCACCAAGGAGAAGGGCGUGCUGUCGUGGGUCGACCAAAUGGAAGACAUGGACGAAAGGCUCGACCACGCAGCCGUGCAGCGUCUCGUGCUGCGGCUAGAAAAGGCCGUGUCCAAGAACACCGAGGACCGGAUAAAGCACGCAGAGAGCCCCGAGGGCUUUGCUGAAUCCGAGGCGGAGCUCGAUGAGGCGAUCCAGCGGCUCCUGAUGCUGGCGAACAGCGUCCAGUAUCUGAAGACAUUGCAGGAGCUGGAGUGUCUGCCGACAUUGGUCGGUCUGAUGGCGCACGAGAACGCCGAUAUUGCAUUGGAUGUGAUCCAGGUCGUAGCCGAAGUGACAGCCGAGGAUGCAUGGAGCGGCGAGUCGCAGGAGGAGCGCGAUGCAGUCGAGGAGUUUGUCCGGGCGCUGGCGAAGGAGGGGUUCUUUGAGGAGGGAGAAGCCGACCGCCAGGGCGUGUUCCAGACUCUGGGUCUGAUAGAGAACCUGGUGUCGCUGAAUAGCGAGCUUGCGGAGGCAGCGGUCGCAGCAGCGAAGCUUUUGGUGUGGCUAACGAACCGGAUAUCCAAGACGUAUACGGAUGAUCCAGUCGACUCGAACCAGCAGUCUGCGGCGGAGAUUCUUUCAAUUCUCUUGCAGUCAUCACCGAAAAUCUGCCAGGCAGCGACCGGCGAUAUGAUGGACGCGUUGUUGAGGUGCACGGCAAAGUACCGGAAACGGUCGCCUGGAGACGAGACCGAAUCAGAGUACCUGGAGAAUAUCGUUGACUCGGUCUGCAUGCUGCUGACAACCGACCAGGGGAAGCGCAGCUUCGUUGACCUGGAGGGGGUUGAGCUAGUGGUGCUGCUACAAAAGCAGGUGGUGGUAGGCAAGCUACUGUCGCUCAAGAUCCUCGACUACGCAUUGACGCCUGGCAGCGAUUCAGCAGUGCCCAAAGCCAUUGCGAAGCGGUACAUUGACGGUCUCGGGCUCAAGUACCUGUUCUCGAUGCUAAUGAAGAAGGGCAAAGGUGACAUGGCAAAGCUCUACAAAAAGCACCCAGAAUUCGAGGAGCGCGCGGUAAACUGCAUUGCGUGGCUGUUUCGACUCACUGACAGAGACACGCCGACUCACUGGCGCGUGCUGGCGAAGUUUAUGCCGUCGCCGGAGGACGACAAGGGGUGGAAGCUGCGGGUCGAUCGCAUUGUCGAGCUCAAUGCGCAGUAUGCAGAGCGCGUUGCAGAAGGCAGCGAAGAUGACGAUGCUGAUGACGAUGCUGAGGAUCGGUAUUUGAGGAGACUGGAUGUAGGGCUGUUUUCGCUGCAAAUGUGCGACAUCAUUGUUGGGUUUGCUGCGGGCGAAGAGACAGUGAAGGGCCGGAUCGAGACAUUGCUCAAGCGGCGCGGUCGCAAUCUAGACAUGGUCAGGAGGGAGCUGGCCGAGUACGUUGCGGUGAAGCAGGCGGAGACACUGGGGGCAGCAGACAGCGCCGAUUCGUCGAUCGGCGACCUGGAUCUGGCACACUUGCUAGAGCGGCUAUGAGAAAGAAAAGCGUCUUUAUAGUAAAUAGACAUAUGCAAAC